CUUCGAUUCCGGGCAAUGUAUAUUUUGUAUGCGUUCCGUUACAUCGACCUCUUCCUCGGCCUGGGACUGGUUUGGAGAAAUGUUAGCACCCCACUCGUCACGAGCCACACCGACUCUGGCCGCCGCAACCGAAGGACUUACCAACUUUCUUACUUUCAUCGAACAGGAAACAUGAAGUACUGGCUGCUUUGUUUAUGUGCGCUAACGGUGGUGGCAUCCUGCAUGGCACAGCAAUACCAACAGUUCGUGAAUCGUUACGACAACUUUAAUGCUGACUCCAUCAUACAAAACGAGAGAAUCCUGCUCGCUUAUUACAAGUGCGUAAUGGAAAAAGGUCCUUGUACCAAGGAUGGCAAGAACUUCAAACGAGUAUUACCAGAAACAUUGACAACAGCAUGCGGCCGUUGUUCUCCCCAACAAAAGGCGGUCGUUCGCAAGAUGCUCCUCGGAAUUAGAGCUAAGAGUGAACCCCGAUUCCUUGAACUUCUCGACAAAUAUGAUCCUACUCAAGCAAAUAGGGAGGCGCUUUAUGGUUUUUUAGUAACGGGAAAUCGCAUGCGUAAGGAACAGUGUUACCUUUAUGCAAAUAUGAAGUUUAUAAUUUUGCUUUUAUGCUUUACCGCCUAUGUCUUAGCGGAAGAUAAAUACCCUAACGAUGAAAUUGACCUCACUGAAGUUUUGGGCAAUGACAGACUUAUAACUUCAUAUUCUAAGUGUCUAGUAAAUAAAGGACCAUGUACUCCGGAAGUCAAAAAACUUAAAGAUAAACUGCCAGAAGCUUUGGAAACACGUUGUGCAAAAUGUACCGAUAAGCAGAAGCAAAUGGGAAGGCAGUUGGUUAACGAAGUGAAAACCAAACAUCCUGAAAUCUGGAAGGAGCUUGUCGCUCAUUACGAUCCACAAGGGAAAUAUAAAGAAGCAUUCGCAGAAUUCCUUAAAUCGUAAACUUAAAAGACAAAUCAAUAAAAAUUAUGAAUAAUUUUAUACAAAAACAUUUAUUUUCUAAAAUAUUUAACUUCCAAUAAAUAUUUCAAUAAAUAUAAUUUUCUUAUUCAUACUCAA